CUUUGUGCUCCUGAAAUCUUCUUCCCCCGCAGCGCAUGAGCCGGUGACACAAGAACCUGGGUCGUGGAGGACACGGAGAGUGACAGAGUGAGGAGCAGAGCUCUAUGCCUCAUGCAGUCCUUACUUCGCCUCCCAGCCACAGGGACUCUCCCGGCUUCUUCACUACGAAGGGUCCGAUGUCUCUUCAAUCAGUUGCUGAACUAUCGGGGUAUUACCCCACAGCCAGUGCUGCUCAGGAGCCACAGCACAUCCUCAGGUGACACAGUUAACAUCGGAGAUGUAUCCUAUACAGUAAAAGCACCCAGGAACCCUGAACUGGUCCCACAGAGUUACAUCUCUGAUACUUUAAGCCAGUCGGUUGUGCAACACCUCAGAUGGAUAAUGCAAAAGGAUCUUCUGGGACAAGAUAUCUUUCUCAUUGGCCCUCCAGGUCCUCUUCGGAGGGCUAUAGCUAUGCAAUAUUUGGAGCUGACUAAGCGGGAGGUCGAGUAUAUUUCUCUCUCCAGAGAUACCACUGAAUCUGAUCUCAAGCAGAGAAGGGAGAUACGAGCUGGAACUGCAUUUUACAUUGAUCAGUGUGCUGUUCGUGCCGCCACAGAAGGAAGAAUUUUGGUUUUGGAAGGAUUGGAAAAGGCAGAAAGGAAUGUCUUGCCAGUUUUGAACAAUUUGCUCGAGAACAGGGAGAUGCAGCUGGAAGAUGGACGGUUUCUUAUGUCUGCAGAACGUUAUGAUAAACUACUUAAGGAACACAGUAAAGAGGAACUGGAGGCAUGGAAGAUUGUGCGUGUCAGUGAAGAUUUUCGAGUUAUUGCCUUGGGGCUGCCCGUCCCAAAAUAUUCUGGCAACCCUCUUGAUCCACCACUGCGCUCCAGGUUUCAAGCCAGAGAUAUUUAUUACCUGCCAUUUAAGGAUCAGCUUCAGCUAUUGUAUUCAGUUGGACCAAAUGUUGCUGCAGAAAGAAUUUCCCAACUCCUGUCAUUUGCUACAACUCUGUGCUCUCUUGAAUCUGCCACCUUAGGGCUUCCAGACUUCCCAGCAGACAAUUUGGCAGCAGCCGUUGGAAUUUUGAAUGUAUUCCCUAUGAUGUCUUCCCAACAAGUCAUUCAAAGACUGUAUCCUUAUACUGUUAUGUUGGGGAAAGAAGGCCAAACUGCUGUAGAAGACACAUUAAAGAGAUUUGAACUCUUGGACGCUGAAAGGUCUCCCAUUUUCCUAAAAAUUGCGAAAGUGGAGCCAGAACAGAAUGCUGAUAGACCCCUAGCUUCGGUUCACAUUCAGACUAGUAACAAGGGAAUCACAAUACAGGUGGCAGCAGGUUCUCGCCCCAUGCUGUUACAUUCCAAAUCAUCCCAGUUCAUUAGAACUACUACACAUGAUCAGCUGUUGGCCGAGAUGAUGCAGUCCCAUAUGGUUAAAGACAUGUGCCUGAUUGGAGGAAAGGGAUGUGGUAAAACUGUCAUUGCUAAAGAAUUUGCCGAUAUGCUUGGUUACGAGGUUGAACCAGUCAUGUUGUACCAGGACAUGACAGCCAGGGAUUUGCUGCAGCAAAGAUACACAUUACCAAAUGGGGACACUGCCUGGAGACGGUCUCCUCUCAUCAUGGCUGCACUAGAAGGAAAACUUGUAAUUCUAGAUGGUAUCCAUCGGGUCAAUCCUGGAACCCUUGCCAUUCUUCAAAGGUUAAUUCAUGACAGAGAGUUAACUCUGUAUGAUGGUUCUAGGCUACUUAGAGGAGACCGGUAUCAGUAUUUAAAGAAUGAGUUACAUCUGUCAGAUGCCGAGCUUCAAGAAAGAUCCAUCUUUGCCAUACACCCUUCUUUCAGAAUCAUUGCCUUGGCAGAACCACCAGUUAUUGGCAGUAACACUCAGCAGUGGUUGGGUCCAGAGCUUCUCACCAUGUUUCUGUAUCACAAUGUUAAACCAUCCACCAGACAAGAGGAGGUUCAGAUCAUGAGGGAGAUGGCCCCAAAUGUCCCUAAAGAAGCUGUGGAGCAACUGCUGACAUUAACACACAAGCUCCGUAACACGAAGGACCCCACGGCACAAUCUUUAGCUUCCUCAUUAUCAACAAGACAGCUACUUCGCAUCUGUAGACGGUUAUCUCAGUAUCCAGAGGAGAGUCUUCAUCAUGCUGUUAAUAAGGCGUGCCUCUCAAGGUUUUUACCCAGUCUGGCUAGAUCAUCUCUACACAAAGCUUUGAUGGAUUCAGGGAUAGAGGAAACUAGUGCAGAAAUGGAAACCCUUCAAGCCAGAGAUUACAGCUGUGAAAUCAGAGCGGGAAUACUAAGACUUGGCAGUGUUACUGUACCAGUGUUUAGUCCUGGUGAGAAGAUGAAGGUGCCAGAUGUCUUGUUCUACGAAAAUGCACAGCACUUGAGGGUCAUGGAAGACAUGCUGAAGGACUUCCUGCUUGGAGAACACCUCCUGCUUGUUGGAAAUCAGGGGGUUGGCAAGAACAAGAUAGUCGAUAGAUUUUUGCAUUUACUAAACCGACCGCGGGAAUAUUUGCAAUUACACAGGGACACAACUGUGCAGAGUCUCACACUGCAGCCAUCUGUGAAAGAAGGGAUAAUAGUAUAUGAAGAUUCACCGCUGGUGAAAGCUGUUAAAAAAGGCCAUAUCCUGGUUAUUGAUGAGGCAGACAAAGCCCCCACAAAUGUCACAUGUAUUCUAAAAACCUUGGUAGAGAGUGGCGAAAUGAUUUUAUCGGAUGGAAGGAGACUUGUGGCGAAUCUUUCAGAGCGCACAAAAAUAGAUAAUGUGAUCGCCAUUCAUCCUGAUUUCAGAAUGAUAGUCUUGGCUAACAGACCUGGGUUUCCAUUCUUAGGAAAUGAUUUCUUUGGUGCAUUGGGUGAUAUCUUCAGUUGCCAUGCAGUGGAUAAUCCAGUGCCCCAGUCUGAACUUGCUAUGCUAAGACAGUAUGGACCUAAUGUGCCUGAUGCCAUAUUACAAAAACUUGUAGCUGCUUUUGGAGAGCUUAGGGGUAUGGCAGACCAAGGAAUUAUCUCAUAUCCUUAUUCAACCAGAGAAGUAGUUAAUAUUGUGAAGCAUCUGGAGAAAUUUCCCAAUGAGGGGCUGGCAAAUGUUGUCCGCAAUGUCUUUGACUUUGAUUCCUACAACCAAGAAAUGCGUGAAAUCUUGAUCAACUCUUUACAUAAGCAUGGGAUCCCAAUAGGAGCCAAGCCAUCCAGCAUCCAGCUUGCUAAGGAAUUGCCACUUCCAGAUGUUCGUUUUGUUGGCCAUUGGACCGUGAACCAGGCUGCAAAUGCCCGCCGGAAGCUCUUGUGUCCAACAGAAACGCAUCAGCUUUCUAUAAAGGGUCCAGUGUAUAUAAAUGUGCAGGGUUAUUCAUUGGAUCGUUAUGAGUCACGAUCACUGAGUUUCACUGAAGAAAUGGCUCAUUGGAACAUUCCUAUCAAUGAAGUGAAUAUUGUGUGUGAUGUCACUGGCUCUUCAGAUAAUGAUGCAGACACUACAGUGUACGUGGUUACUUGCAAUCCAGUAUCAUUGUAUUUUAUGAAGACUAAUGACGAUAAAGGAUACUAUGUGGAUUUGUACGAUGUUUUCCCUAGAACUGUGGGAAGCGUAUGGCAACCAUUUGUGAGUGUAGCACCUCUGGGUCAUCCACUGACUGGACAGGUCAUUCUGCAUGAAGAACAGAGCAAUGUCAUUCUUUUGCUGGACACCAGAAGUGGGGAACUUCGUCGUAUCUUGUUCUCAGAGCAAGAUGCAGAACCACCAAGAAAAUCGUCCUGGUGGGGUAGUAAAGAGGCACAGGAAAGCUAUAGAAUGUGUAGAGAAUUCUCACACAAGAAUUGGCUGCUGUUCUUUCAGGAAAACGGUAACUCCAUCAGUGUCCUGGAUGCUCUGGAGGGCACUACACAUGCAAUCUCCUUACCUAUCAAUCUCAAGUCUGUGUUCUUAGUGGCAGAAGAUAAGUGGCUCUUAGUUGAGAAUAAGACCAAUAAGAAAUUUCUUCUGACGACACCUUUGCAUAUGGACGCUGAGGACACUGGAGUUUGCCAAUUGCAUGCACUCGAGGAGGAAGCAGCAAGUGCUGGUUUUCAAGUGACAACAGGUUUGGAGUCCAGCAAUCUGCAAGUCAUUUCCAGUGAUCAGCUGCCCCCUGAGAACCUGAGUGCCGCGCUUGACCAGAAGAUCACCUCUCCUAAUAGGAUCUUUUCGGAUGAAAAUAGCUAUGCUUCAAUAGUAGUAGGGUUUCCUGACCUAAUGUCUGCUAGUGAAGUGUACAACUGGAAGAGGAGACAUCCUCUGGGCAAUCAAGCAAGUUCCCCGGGUGAUCAGUUUUUCCAACCAACCAAAUUUGCAAACAUGAAGAGAUCCAAUUGUGUGACUCUACUAGGAGCUAACCAAGUGGUCAGAGCUGUGUCUUCUGCAGAUGUGCCUUUAAAAGAAAUCUAUCCCAAGGAUACUCUUCCUCCAAAUGCAUCUUCAUACUUAGAGGUUACAGAUCUUAAUUCAAAGAAGCUAAAGUAUAUUCCAGUUCCAAGAGCAUCAUCUGUGUCUCCUUAUACAUCAUGGUUGUCAAAAAUCACUGACAGCGACGUUUUGCUGGCAACUUUGGGAAACAGAGGAGUUGUUACUGUAGAUAUGGGAGGCAGCGUUAGACUGUGGGAGACUGGACUGGAAAGUAUUCAACGCUCUUUACUUGAGUGGAGAAAUAUGAUUGGACAAGAAGAUGGGAGACCAGUGCAGAUCACAAUACAGAAAGACAGUGGUUUGGAUGUGAGCUCACCAACACAUGGAAAGCUGGAUCCAGAUAACAUGCCUCAUGUUGGUGGUAAUACAUGGGCUGGAGGAACAGGUGGCAGAGACACCGCAGGACUGGGUGGAAAGGGAGGUCCAUAUCGCCUGGAUGCAGGACACAAAGUCUACCAGGUGUCACAAGCGGAAAAAGAUGCUGUCCCCGAAGAAGUGAAGAGAGCGGCUAGGGAAAUGGCAGAGAAAGCUUUCAAACAGAGGCUGAAGGAAAUUCAAAUGAGUGAAUAUGAUGCUACUACAUAUGAACGCUUCUCCGGAGCUGUGCGCAGACAAGUUCAGUCUCUGCGGGUUAUCCUGGAUAGUCUACAGGCAAAGGGUAAAGAAAGGCAGUGGCUUAAGCAUCAAGCAAUGGGAGAGCUGGAUGACACCAAAAUCAUUGAUGGUUUGACAGGAGAGAAAGCCAUUUACAAAAGACGCGGAGAGCUUGAGCCGGAAAUUGGAAGCCCACAGCAGAAGCCCAAGAGGUUGCGUCUCCUGGUUGACGUAUCUGGCAGUAUGUAUCGCUUUAAUGGGGUGGAUGGCAGGCUGGAGCGCUCCAUGGAAGCUACCUGCAUGCUGAUGGAAGCUUUUGAGAACUACGAGCAUAAGUUCAAGUAUGAUGUAUCGGGUCAUUCAGGAGAUGGCUACAGCAUUGAGCUGAUCAGAAGUGAGAAGAUCCCCAGGAACAAUAAGCAGAGGCUGGAGGUUCUGAAGACAAUGCAUGCGCACUCCCAAUUCUGUAUGAGUGGAGACCACACACUGGAAGCCACAGAGAACGCUAUAAAGGAGAUAGCGAAGGAGGACGCCGAUGAAUAUUUUGUCAUAGUCUUGAGUGAUGCCAACCUAGAACGUUAUGGCAUACCACCAGCAAGAUUUUCUCAGGCCUUGAUGAUUAAUCCUCAGGUUAAUGCAUUUGCAAUUUUCAUUGGUUCCUUAGGAGACCAAGCUGAAAGGCUCCAGAAGACACUUCCAGCGGGGCGAUCUUUUGUCGCUAUGGAUACAGCGCAGAUCCCACACAUCCUGAAACAGAUAUUCACAUCCACCUUGCUGUCAAGCGCUUAGCUGCAAUAUUAAAGGGAACGUAUCGCCUCGUCUGACAUGUAUUCCUUAGUAACUACUUGAAUUCCCUACAUAAUAACAGUUGUGGAGGAUCUUUUCAUAUAUAAUUCUGUAUUGUACCAUUCUUCUAUUAUUCCUGCUAGAAGAUCAUGAAUGAAUUGCCAGUAAUCUGCAAUAAAGGUCCCUCUGGGUAUUACUGGUUAGGGGAGUGCCCCUGCAUCAUCAGACACUAUCCAAACAGAGCAGCCAGUGUCAGACUGUGCAGGGACCCACACCCAGAUGGACCUUUAGUGCAGACUGCUGGCAAUUGAAUCAUAAACGUCUAGAAGGAAUAACAGAGGAAUCCGUUACUAAUAUACAUGUCAGGAUAAAUGGCAUGUCCUCUUUAAAGGACUUAUCCAAGGCUAUAAGAGUGGCCCAGAUUUGCGCAACCCAUGGUGGGGGGGAUGCUCAACUGACCCCCACUGUUGGAUCUGGUCUGUUGGGCUCCUUGGCUAGGAGCUCCGCUCACACAUGCGUCAAUGACGACAUCCAUCGACAGGGGCACAAAUGACCGCUCCAACCAAUCAUACGCCGCAGCGAUGACCUGCUCCCCCUGCAUCACAUGUGACGCAAGUGUAGCAUGUUACAACCUGUGAUUGGCUGCAGUAGUCAUUUGUGCCCCCGUCGACUGAUUAUGUCCUCAGCGCACGUUGGCGCAGAACUACCAGCCCAGGAGCCCAACAGACCGAAUCCAGUGGCAGGGAUCAGGUUAGCAUCACCCCCACCCUAGGUCGGACAGGUCUGGGCCACUGUUUUAAUCUUGGGUAACCCCUUUACGUUCUGGUCCUUGUAGAAGAUACACAGUAAGCAGAGGAGAACACAUGAAGAGUUUUUUUUUUUUAUGAAAUGUAGAUGAUAAUAUUGUAUUGCCAUGUGUAAAUAUUGUAACCUCAUUCAUAGACUCAAUUCUGAUUUUAUUUUUUUCAAGAUGUCUGUGUUAAAUUACAGUUUUUAUUAUUGCUAUUUAAUAUGCUUAGAUUGAUCAGUUUAAAUCAAAUUCUGUUUAUUUAACUUUAUUAGUGCCAAUAUAUGCAAUGGGAUUUAAAAUGGCUGCUAUGUAUAUUAAAAUUAACCAUGUCUCCUCA